UCAUUAAUCUUCAAGAAAUUAGAGUUCUCAAUCAGAAGAUAUACCAAACCAAAAUGGGAAGAUCACCGUGUUGCGAUCAAGACAAAGGCGUGAAGAAAGGACCGUGGAUGCCCGAAGAAGAUUACAAGCUCGUGGCUUAUAUAGAUAAAAACGGUUAUGGGAAGUGGCGGUCACUUCCUAACAUCGCUGGACUAAACCGCUGCGGAAAGAGCUGCCGGCUCCGGUGGAUGAAUUAUCUCCGGCCUGAUAUCCGGAGAGGCGAGUUUACCGAAGAAGAAGAGAGUACUGUCGUUAAACUCCAUGCCCUUCUUGGCAACAAAUGGUCGAAGAUUGCGAGUCAUCUUCCAGGAAGGACCGAUAACGAAAUAAAAAACUAUUGGAACACUCAUAUGAGGAAAAAAAUGUUGCAAAUGGGGAUUGAUCCAAUCACCCACGAGCCAAAAACCAACGAUCUUAGCCCUAUCCUCGACGUUUCUCAAAUGCUUGCGGCGGCUAUUGGCAACGGCCAGUUUGGUAACAAUACUCUCUUCAACAACAACAUUGCUGUGGAAGAUCUUCUCAAACUCCAAUUGAUUCAUAAAAUGCUCCAAAUCAUAACCCCCAAAGCCAUGCCAAACACCAAUAGCUUCAAUACCAACUCACUGGAUACUAAACCGGUAGCCAAUAAUAUCAAAACCAAUCCAGUGAAUCCUAAACCGGAGCAGGCUGCUGGACAAUUGAAUGCUAUUGAUCCACAUGUUUUCACAAGCCAAAUUGAAAAUGAAGAUUUCAUGCCAUCUUUUGAGGAUGCUUGGGAUUGUUUUGGAGAUAACCAGCUUCCUGGUUUGGUUAUGGUUUCUCAGGAAAAUCUGAAUUAUCAAACCGGAGCCGGUAUGAUGCCAGAUUAUUAUGGUGAUCAAUUACGUGAAGUCCCAUCUACUGGUUCGAUAUCGGUUACUCCUGAGACAUCCGGGUUGAAUUAUCCCGGUACGACUCAGCACUCAUCCGGUUCAAAUGUCCAAGAGGACUGGGAGAAGUUUCUUGAUGAUGAAACAAGUGACUCUUGCUGGAAAAGUUUCUUAGAUUUAACGUCGCCCACGUCGUGACCGGCCCGUGGUAGAACUGGAUUUUGUUCAAGUCGUAUACUC